GGGCUAUGAGGAAUAAAAGGCGGUCGGGCCCCUCCCCGCAAGUCUAAGGGCUGCAAGGAAGCAGAGAAACAGGCUCGCCCCGCAAGACUUUUUUUUUGGGAGGGGGGGGUCUAGGGAAGGGCAGAACUUCGGGGAUGGGUCGCUGGGGGGGGCUGCGCUGCCGCCUCGGCCGGGGGCUGUAGGGGAAGCCGGGGGGCGCCCGCCUGCUGCCGUCUCAUCAUGGGGACGGGCAUGUGCUCGAGGAGGCAGAAGGGGCUCUUGCAAACCGGCUUCUGCCUUCUGGCGGUGGCGUGUCUGGGCUCCGGAGUUUUCCUCUACAGCCACUUGCAGCAGCAGGCGAAGAACGCCGAAGCCCUGGCUCUGAAAUACAAGCAGCAGCAGGAAGCUCUGUCCGCCCAGCUGCAAGUUGUGUACGAGCACAGAGCGCGGCUCGAACGAUCCCUGCAGAAAGAGCGAGGGGAGCACAAGAAGACCAAGGAAGAUUUUUUGGUGUAUAAACUAGAAGCUCAAGAGGCGCUCAACAAAGAGAAGCAAGACUCUAUGAACAGAUACGGGGCCCUCAGUUCACAGCAUAAGAUACUGAAGAACCAGCACGAAGACAUGAAGAAACAGCUGCUCGACCUGCAGCUGCUGCACAACGGCUUGAAACUGGAGCAUCGCAAGGCACUGGAGACCCACAGCCAGAAAUACUCGCAGCUGCAGCAGGAGAAGGAGAGCGAAGUCACGGGCUUGCAGGAUACUGUCUCCAAACUCCGAGAGGAGAGCAAGCUCCUCCGGCAGGCCCACCAGGAUGUCCACUCUCAGCUCCUUGAUGCUCAGACCCAGAUGGAGGAGUUCAGGCAGCUCAAGGAAGCUUUGCAGAAGAUGCCAAGUUUCAAGGACGUGGGCCCUGUGAAGGGACAGCAGCAGCUCCAGGCAUUGAAGGAACAGCCCCCAGCUCCCGGCGGCAACCGUUUAUCGUUUUCUAGGCAGAAGGCGUCUGCAGCCAAAAUGCCUCUGAGCCCUUUGGCUCAGGAGAAGCCCCCUGGUGGGAGCCUAAUGAGGCCACAGAUCUCUGGGGUCAGGAGCCAGGGAGAAGAGACUUUGCCUCACGGCCAGACCUCACAUAACAGCGAUGGCCCCAGAUCCCAGGGCGAUGUCCUGUUUGUCCAUCCGGCCCCGCUGCAAGAAGGUAACCCACCUCCAGUAGCCCUGCCUGCCUGGCCGCAGGGGCACGGGAACGGCGCUGUGAUCCGAUUCGCACGGACAGUGAACAGCGUGCAGAAUGGGAACACGGCUGACAAAGUGGUGGGGAGCAUUCCGGGGAGAACCAGUGAGGAAAACCACGCUCCCAGAGGGGAAGUGCCACAUCCGAAACACCCAUCUACGUCGGAGAAGGAGGCAGCUCUGGCCAACCAUCCCUCAGCAGGCAACAAACAGGCCCAACUGCAAAGCUGGCAAGACAUUGUAAACAAAGUGAAUGCUCAAAUGGAUGAGGAACACGUGCACAGUUCCGCAAAGCGCCUUCACCUAGACACCAGACCUGAGCAAGAGAUACAGAAUGGCAAUCUAUUGGUGGCCAAUCAACAGAGAGAGGCAGAGCCUCAGAUAGCCAAUCAGGAAGGAGACAAGGAAGGGACAGAUGAUGAGGAGCUCGAGAUGGAUGCCGGGAUGAUUGAAAGAGAAGAGAUCGGGCAUGCCCGAAAAGAGGCGGUGGUCCAGGAGCCAGUGAUGCCUGAUGCUGCAGGAGACCCUGCUCAGGAUCCCAAUAACCAAGGGGAAGAUGAGUUUGAGGAAGCUGAGCUGGAGAGGCCGGAGUUUGAGGAGAAGGCAGUGAGAACAGAGAAAUACAAGGAACCCAGCAUGCUAGUGAAAGAGGAGAUGAAGAAGCCACUGAAGGGUGUCGCUGGGCCAGACAAAGCCAGGGAAGAGCCCAUGGACGACUACCAAGAAGAUCAGGAGCAAGAAAUAGAGGAUCAUGGAGGGGAGGUGGACGAUAAUGAUGACCUGGAGCUAGUGCAGGAGCACAAGGACAUCCCGGGCAAGAAGGAUGAUUACUACUGAGGAUGCCAGCUGUGCAGGGCGCCUGGGAGGAGAGCGGAGCGUUACGGCGGGUGGGGGGAGGAGUUGCAGGAAAUUCCUCGAGAUGUGGAUCCAGUCUGAACUUGCGAAGGCGGAGAGCCUGGCAGCGCAGAGGAGCAAGUAGCCAGCCCCCACGCAGGCCGCUUCCAAAUGUGCAUCGUGUUUGUGUCCUCGGUGCAG